AGUGACGGGACUGGGCUGAUUCACCUGCUGGGCGGUGCGCGGGAGGUGCCCGCCGGGGGACGGAGCCGCUGCCGCCGGUUGCUCGUCGCUCGCACCGCGCCAUGGAGCCGCCGCUGCUGGUGGUGUCCGUCGUGCUGCUCUGCUCCGCAGGUCUAACAAGAAGCCUAAGUAUAACUUCAGUUGAACAACCAAUGGUUGAAAAAGCACAAGGAGAUAAAGUUACAUUGCCAUGUACUUUUGUACUCUCAGAAGAAGAUGAAGGCCCACUAGAUAUUGAGUGGGUAUUGAUACCAGCAGAUAAUCAAAAGAAGGAACAAAUAAUAAUUAUGUAUGCUGUAGACAGGAUUUAUAAUCACUAUUAUGCUGCUAUGACUGGGCGGAUGCAGUUUACUAAUCCUGAUCCCAGAUCUGGUGAUGGUUCAUUGGAUAUCCUGAAUUUAAAGGCAGCAGACACUGGCACCUAUCAGUGCAAAGUGAAGAAGGCACCUGGAGUUCAAAGCCAAAAAAUACAGUUGACUGUACUUGUAAAGCCAGCAAGAACUAAAUGUUCCAUUGAAGGAUCACAGGAGAUUGGAAAAGACGUUACCUUGAAAUGUGCAUCACAAGAAGGAUCCCCGCUUUUGUCUUAUGACUGGAGGAGAGUAUCUGGCAGACAGGAACUUCCUGCCACUUCGACGCUGAAUAAAAAUACAGGGGAACUUCUCUUGAAAAAUGCCUCUCAAGACUACUCUGGUACAUACCAUUGCGUUGCCUCAAACAGAGUUGGCACAGAUGAAUGUUCUGUUGAGCUGAAUGUCACCCCUCCUAUAAAUACAGCUGGUAUAAUUGCUGGAGCUAUUAUAGGAACUCUGCUCGGUCUUUCUGUACUGGCUUUUCUUGUCUUCUGUUGCUGUAAGAAACACAGAGAGAAGAAGUAUGAGAAAGAAGUACAUCAUGACAUCAGAGAAGAUGUUCCACCUCCAAAAAGUCGCAGUUCAACAGCCCGCAGCUACAUAGGCAGCAAUCGUUCUUCUCUGGGUUCAAUGUCUCCCUCAAAUAUGGAAGGAUAUACCAAAACUCCGUAUAGCCAAGUCCCAAGUGAAGACUUUGAACGUCCUCCUGGUCAAAACCCAACCUUUGCACCUUCAAAGGUAGCUGCACCUAAUUUAAGUAGAAUGGGAGCUGUUCCUGUGAUGAUUCCAGCACAAAGCAAAGACGGGUCCAUAGUAUAAAAUAUUAUUAAUUUAAAUGCUGGUUUUUACGUGUUCAUUGUAAGUAUUAGAGAAAACUACUGUGUUCCACCCCUCAUUUAAACAAUGGCAUGCAAUUUUCCUUGAAGAAACUGAAUGAGUUAGUGAAAAGCCACCAAUUCUCAUUUUUAAUUUUAAACUUACUAGUAUAUGACAGUUGAACUAUUUGCUAAAAGCAUUGAAGUUCCUAAAUAUCGGACACUGAAGGUAUUUGGACCUCUGGUAGGUUGCUGAAGAGACACUGUCAGCUAAUGUGCAGUUCUGAAUAUGUAACAGCGAGACACAAGUGAGAAGUAACAAAAGCAUUUCAUUUGUAGACCAUGAUGUUUCUCAGAGUUCCUGAAACUUUAUCCUCAAUGUUGGGAUAACAGAAAUAUUUGAACUCUGCCACUGUCUGAUGUAGUUGCAGGGGGCUGAAGUACUGAGGAUGACUUUGAAUUCUGUUCAAACUAUUUCUGCAGUUCUUUAACUUGGUAGUGUUUGUUUGGAGCACAUCUUGAGCUCUUAUUUCAGGGGCUGCCAGUUAUUUGAUUGGUUCAAUUAAUUUAAUGCGUCUAUUCUGAAUUUAAAAUUUCAGUGAGUGGAAAUGUGACAGGAGACCUUGCAAGCGCUUUGAAACGUUAGUUUUUCUGUAAUAACUAGUUCUAGUCAUGUCAGAUUAUUAUCUGAUGCAAGAGGUCCCGUAGGGUUGUUGGUAGUGGUACCUAAGCUUUAAAAUCUAUAGAUCAACUGUUACUGUCACAGUAAGAAUGAAUAUGUAUCUUUAUACAGGUUUUAAGUUAAUUGUACCUUGCAUUUUCCAAAGCCUGUUUAGAUUCCAAGGCAGUGCUCUUUUUUCCAAACCGAUUACCUGGAAGCUCCAUGGGUUUUUAAUGAACACUGUUAAGUAACUGAUAUUUGAUAUCUGUCCUCUUGCUCUAACAUCACUGUGGAAACAUCUUUUCCUCCAUAUACAUGUAAGCAGUAGUUAGCCUUUACUUAAGAUGCUAUUAUCUUUCUGCAUGAAUUUGCGAGGAGUUUAAAGCUCAUUUUUCCUUGCCUCUUCAACAGCACUAAAUAUUAUAAACGGACAUUUAGACUUUUAAGAGCAAGAGUUCUAUGCAGCCAGAAUCUGAGAGGAAGUAGUUAUCCGGAAUUGUCGAUACAAAUCCCGUGUUUCAAGAUUAAAACCCCUUCUUCCCAGUUUUGCAAAUCUAAGGCAUUACAGGAGGAACAGAACAAUUCCUUAUCUUACUUUUGCGCAUACUUCAGGACUUCCGAUAGCUUCGGAUGACUGAUACUAUAUACCUGUGGAAGCUGGAUUUAAAGCUUAGUGCAGUUUGAAUCUUUGUGGAUUUUUUUUUUUCUUCCUUCCUAUUUUCUGCUUUCUUCUUCAUCCUGCGGUGUGGGAGGGAGUCCCUUUGGCUUUUUUUACCUAUAGAUGUUAAACUGCAAGGUAUUUUGGAAAACUCUAAAGGCAUAUAGUAGGUGGCACUGAUGUUGAUGAAGGAAAUAUCUGAAUAGCCUGUUGAAAGAUGUUAGAGGAUUAUUUGUACGUAGCAACAGUGUGAGAGAAAACGUUUCCCUAGAGUUCUAGGUUUAGUGUCUGCUUUUUUGUAGCUGCUUUUAGAUCUGUGAUAAAUUCUUUGGCUUACUAAAUGUUUGUCUUAUCUGUAGGUAGGUGCACAAUUUCUGACUGGCACUAUUAAUGUAAAGAACGUACCCUUCAUACUGAAUUUAGAAACUUGAAUGACUAUUAAAUAUUCUAGACUUACGAUUUUACACAUUUGGGACUUUUUUAGAUUGUAAACUGAUACUGUUAGAGAUCAGAUUUUUUUAUCUUUCAUGUGUGCCUUGUCAAUAAACUUUGCCUGAUUGUAACUUAAGUUUUUAUGAAAUUUCUGGUGCCUAAACUUAACUGUUCGAACAGGUGCUUAGAUGAUGGUACAGUUCUUAAAACAUGACACUGUGAUCUGAUUUCUUGACUCUUAUGUACUAUUUAUACCUCUUCAUGCCUAUUUUUGGAUGUGACUUCAGUGUCUCUCUCUUUGUAUUGUUCUGUAUUUCAAAAUGUCAGUUACUCCUUCAAUUGCUAAUCAUAAUCUAAGUGUUUAUAUUCCUGAAAACUGUUCAGUUGUACCAAUGAGAUGGGUGAUUGACUCUUAUUUGUGUGGUAAAUAAUAGGUUUAGUAACUGUGCCAAACGUAUGCUUAUGAAGAACAGUAGAUGAGGAGACAUUGUCUUGCAUCCAAUUAUUGUGAUAGAAGAGACUUCCGAGACUUUAAUCAUGCACUGAUUGUCUACCUUGAAACUAAGGCCUUCCUUAAUUAAAAGGGUAUAGUUAUUAUAAAUACAAGUUGAGUACAAAACUAAACAGAAUCACAGACUGAGAGAUAGCUAUAAACCUAAGCAACCAGGCAACAAACCUGCUGAAUUUGGUUCUUAGCCAUCUGUGGACAUACGUGAGAUUAGAUGUGGUUUUUGUUUUUUGUUUGUUUGCUUUUGGUUUUGGUUUCUUUUGGUUUGGCCUGAGACCCUGUACUUAGAGUCAGGUAAGCCCUAGGACACUCGAGAACAGAAACCUAUCUCACUAAAGCCUACAGAGCAGAGUUUACACACGCUUAAUGCUUUGUCAGCUUGUACAAAAUAAUAAAUGGACAGAACAGAAGGACAGCGUGAUGUGCCCUCAGAGCCUAGCUGUUAGGCUUAGCAGCCUUGACAGUGUCUGUCUAUUUAUGUAAUUGCACGGAAAAUAAAAGAAACAGAAUUUGACAUAGUCCUUAUCUGAAAUAAAGAACCUCUGACUUGGGGUAAGCUUUGCCUCAAGUUGCUAUCAUCAUGCCUUUCUGAAUGGAUGCGACUAUACUAUGAAAACAUAACACGGUUAUAAUUUAUUUCUUUCAUCAAUAGAUUGUUCACUUACACUGGAUUAUGAUUCUCGAAAGCAGCUACUAUAGUUUAGCAAUGAUUUCUAGCUGUGUAGGAGAUGAACUGGUUAAACACGUGAGGUGUCCGAUCUUACAGAUAGCUCUGCUAAGAGAACUCUUUUAGGAAGUAAUGGCAGCUGAUAUACCAGUUAGAAGGUGGCAUUUUUAAUGUCUCAUUUUAUUAAAAAAAAAAAGGGGGGGGGGGUACCAUUAUGUAAAUACUUUAAGUGAGCUCAAGAAACCUCUAGUUAAUAUCAUGACUGUAAACUUGCCUGUUGAGGACUACUAUAUAUAGAAGAAACCCCUCAAUUUUAGCAUGGUGUGAAUAAAGUGUUAGACUUGUAAUGCUGUAGAGGUUACGUAACACUUGUCCAUACAUUACAAGCAUUUUCAUAAACUUUCUGAAAUGGAUAUUUAAAGAUAUUUGUGUGAAACUUCCUUACCUAAAAAUGAAUACUUCUUCCAAAACUGUGUAGUGCACAGAAAUGCCUUGUUGGAGGGGUAAAAUAUGACUUUUGAAAGAAAUGUACAAUGCAUACAUCUUUAUCAACUCUGAUAGUCGCAUUCGUAUUAGAUGUAUGCGUCCUGCUUAGUAGUACAAGUACGACUUCUUAAUUGCAAGUUUUUGUGUAAUGCUGAAUAUUGUAUAUUGCUGGUUUCCAUGAUAAGCUUCUGGGUUUGUUCUUAACAGCGUAUAUUCUGGAUCACUUUAGAUCUUGUUCCAGUCAAUACUUCUUGUGUCACUUACACCUUGUUUUAUACACUUGAUAGGUGCUUUAUGGGACCCUUUCGUUAUUGGUCCUCUAGCGUUGAGGCACAGCUCAAUUGAAACUGGAGCAAUAA